AGAACAUGUUAAACUUAUUCUGAUUGAGUGCAUAUUGUACCCCCUCUCACUAAUUCAUUGUGUAACAUAUGUUAUGUUCGGGCCCGCUGCACCCAGAUUUCAUAAAGGUUUAAACUGUAGGACACAGUUGGCCUCUGUAAUAUCUGAAACUCCUCAUAUAUCCAGACAAAGUUGCAAGUCAUAUGCAGUUGCAGUCAUAUUUAAAGCAUGGGAAUCUUUCCUCUCCAUCCUUUGUCACUUGUAUUUCAGUUGUUUCACAAUUGUUUUUAUGCUUGUCUCUAUACCAUGUACACUUCUCUCCAAAACUAUACACACAGUGGGCUUUACAGACACACACCAGAGCACAUCGCUCUUCCGAAUUUAUGAAGAAGUGGUCAUUAAAUACAUUUUGUAUCAAAGCAAUGCAAACGUAUCCAUAGUUAAGUUCACAAAGUUUGCUGAUAUGGUGAAUGUGUUAAGUCAUCUUCAUAUCGCAUAUGAUGUGAUUGAAAAAUUAGCUUGUUGUGAUGUUUAUGAAUGCCCUUCUCACUAAGUUGAAUGGGCUGUAAUGUGAUGUUUUCUGUCUCAGUGUCUGAAGUCCAGGCUGUUUAUCCUAAACCAGCGACCAGAGAGGAGUUCUCACAGUACUCCUGUCACUUCACACUGGAUCCAAACACAGCAAACAGAAACCUCCAUCUGUCUGAGGGGAACAGGAGGGUGGAGAGGAGAGCUGAGGUCCAGUCAUACCCUGAACAUCCAGAAAGAUUUGAUGGGUAUUGUCAGGUGCUGGGUAGAGAGGGUGUGUCUGGACACUGCUACUGGGAGGUUGAGUGGAGUGGGGGGGUUCAUAUAUCAGUCUCAUAUAAAAGCAUCAGCAGGAGAGGAGGGCUUAAUGAGUGUAUGUUUGGAUUUAAUGAUCAGUCCUGGAGUCUGCAGCUCUCCAACAGCAGCUCUCUUUUCUGGCACAAUGCUAAACAAACUGAACUCCCUCUAGUGGCCAGCUCCAGAAUAGGAGUGUAUGUGGAUCACAGGGCAGGAACUCUGGCCUUCUACAGCAUCUCUGACACAAUGACCCUCCUGCACAGAGUCCAGACCACAUUCACUCACACACUCUACCCUGGGUUUAUCUGUUACGUUUCUGCAUCAGUGAAGCUGCUGUGACUGACAUGUCUAGAUGCUGUUAGCACAUACAUCUUACACAUCACAUCAUUUAACACAGGGGUGUCAAACUCAUUUUAGUUAAGGGGCCACAUACUGCCCACUUUGAUCUGUGGGCCAGACCAGUAAAAUCAUAGCAUAAAAACGCAUAUAUGACGACAAUAUUUCUCUAUGUUUAAAUCAUUGGUGAAGGUUUUUGGAUGAUAAACCCUAUUUUAAGGUCUUUCUACAAUAAACUAUAAACAUAAAGACCAAAAACUCAGACAUCAGCCCACUGUUCAUCUGCCUGGGCUCUCCUCUGCAGAUUCCCUCGCUUUGUGACGCGUUUGACGUCAAGCGCGUCACAAAGCGAGCAUUGCUGCCUGUGGCAAUGAGCGCUUCCGCCUCCGGAGCAGAUAUCGCAUUUACGCUGUUUUUGAAGCAAUUACUGGAUCGAUUAAAAAAAUUACUAAAGGUUUGUACUCAUAAACCUCCAUAUUCUUAAGAGACAUUCUGAUUCACAACACUUGAAAUCUAUUAAGAAACAAGUGCAAUUUGUAGAUAGCAGCUACUUUUAUAGAAAUGCAAUUUAUGUCUUUCUGUAAUUUUCACACUUAGCAAAGUCAUCCGCCGGGCCGAGCUGGACCCCCUGGUGGGCCGGAUCCAGCCCGCGGGCCAUAUGUUUGUCACCCCUGAUUUAACACAUCACUCACACAUUAGCAGUGGCGUUUCUACAUUAGGGGCACAUGGGGCACUGCCCCACCAGAUCCAGAUGGCGCUGUGGUGCAGAAAGCUCAAUACAUCUGUGCUUU